AUGGCUUCCACUGCUGCUGUCGUCCCCAAAUCUUCACCUCUACUCACCAAUCCAUCCCACUCAGAUCAAGAGUCAGCCACAGCAGAACACGUCGAGAUGGACGACUCCGCGCUACAGACUGUUGACGCCCUCCUCCGCUCAAGAGCAACAACCUAUCCCAACCUCCCCAUCGUAUCCUAUCCCAAGAGUGGAGUGGACUACGUCGACUACACCUACCAGCAGCUCGACGUGUUCGCCUACAGGGUCGCAAGACAUCUCGAGUCCAGCAUCCCUACAAGGACCACCUCCGCCCAGAAGCGCACCACAGUCGCCCUACUGGGCCCAUCGAAUCUAGAGUACCUCGUCACAUUACUGGCGCUUUUUAAAGCCGGGCAUACGGUGCUGUUCUUGUCGAUCCGGAUCCCGCCACCUGCGAUUGAGGCCCUGAUCGAGGCGACGGGGACGUCGUUCCUGAUUGCGGAUCCGCGUUAUGUCGAGACAGCUUUGGCGGUAGAGAAGGUGAAGCCUGGGCUUCGGGUCUUGGAUAUGCCUACGCGGGAUGUGUUUGAAUUUCCGGUUUCUGUGCAUGUGGACACGCAGCUGGAUGCGGCACUGGAUGUGAAGGUUGAGACGAAUGAGAUUGUCUACAUUAUUCACUCGAGUGGAUCGACGGGUGUGCCCAAGGCCAUCUACCAGAAACAAAGCGCAGCCCUGUCCAACUUCUCUGUCCACCCUGACAUGAAAGCCUUUAUCACCCUUCCUCUCUACCAUAACCAUGGCAUCUGCAACUUUUUCCGCGCUGUGUGGUCUCGCAAGCAGAUCCACCUCUUCAACGCCGACCUGCCGCUCACGAGUGACGCCCUGGUCAGCGUCAUGCGUAGCUACAGCUUUGAGAUUUUCUACGGCGUGCCCUACGCGCUCAAGCUUCUCGCUGAGAGCGACGAGGGAAUGAAGAUCUUGGCAGCGCUUAAAGUCGUCAUGUACGGUGGAUCGGCUUGUCCUGAUGACUUGGGAAAUUUACUUGUGGACAACGGUGUGAAUCUCGUCAGCCACUAUGGAGCCACCGAGGUUGGCCAGCUCAUGACUUCUUUUCGACCAGCAGGCGACAAGGCCUGGAACUACGUCCGCGAGAACGACAAGCUGGCUCCUUUUCUCUUCUGGCUCCCUCAGGGCCCAGGCCUCUUCGAAUGCUGCGUCAAACAAGGCUGGCCAGCCAAGACAGCCACCAACAUGGACGACGGCUCAUACCGCACAAAAGACUUGUUCGAGCCGCACCCGACCAUACCGCGCGCAUGGAAGUACAUUGCGCGCCAGGACGACACCAUCGUUCUUGUCAAUGGCGAGAAGUUCAAUCCGGUAGUGACGGAGGGCAAAAUAAGGUCCUCGAGGCUUGUGACGGAGGCAGUUGUGUUUGGCGCGCAGCAGCCUUAUUUAGGCCUGCUCGUCAUCCCGUCUCCCGCAACAGCUGGCUGGAGUCCAGAACAGAUAAUUGAUGAGAUCUGGGCCGUGGUGGACGCGACACAGGCAGAGAACGACGCGUUCGCUCAGCUGUCCAAAGAAAUGUGUGUGAUUCUGCCGCACGAUGUGGCGUAUCCGACAACAGACAAGGGGAGCAUCAUCCGCCAGGCUUUUUACAAGAAGUUUGCCAGGGAGAUGGAGACGGCCUACACCAACUCCAACGCCUCGAACGAACAUGCACAGGUCAUGUCUGAGGAGCAGCUCCGAGAGUUCCUGCGUGGUCUCCUCUCCAAAGCCUCGGCUGGCGCUCAAGGAAGCGUGGAGUUCGACGAUGACACUAAUUUCUUCGCCUUGGGUGUUGACUCGCUGCGCGCGAUCCAGAUCAGGGCUGAGCUGCUCAAGUCGGUCAAGACUGCCAGAAAGCUCACACAAAAUGUCGUCUUUGAGCACCCAUCUGUCCGUGAGCUGUCUGCGUACCUGCUUGGCGCGGGUGACGUAGAGACAGAGGAUAUCGAGGCUGAGAUGCGAGAACUUGUCAAGAAGUACAGCAACUUCAAAUCUGAGGUUCAAGAUGCGCCAAAGAAUCUGGGUCAGAAUGAUGGCGGUUUUGUCCUUGUAACAGGGUCGACUGGCUCGCUAGGUGCCCACCUCGUCGCCAAACUCGUUCGAGACAACUCCAUCGAACGGGUCUACUGUCUGGUGCGCGCCAGCGACAGUGACAUCGCAGCAAAGCGUACCACAGAGUCCAUGACCCAGCGCAAAGUGUAUGACGGUCUGUCCCCUGAAGAGCGCAAGAAGAUAAUCUCCCUCCCCUGCGACUUGUCCAGGGCAGAUUUGGGGCUUGAGAAACUCAUAUACCAAGAGGUGUGCUCCGGUCUCCGCGCAGUCAUCCACUCCGCCUGGCCAGUCAACUUCAACAUCAAGCUCUCCACAUUUGAGGACAGCCUAGCAGGCGUCAAAAACCUCAUAAACUUAUGCCAGCAAGCCUCCUCCUCCUCCAACACCACCCCGUCCUUCAACUUCUGUUCCUCCGUCAGCGCUGUAGUCCGCCAUCCCGAUGCUGAAGGCCCCGUGCCCGAAGCCGAGCCCAGACCCGAGUGGGCCCAAGGUAUGGGCUACGCCCAGUCCAAGUCCGUGGCAGAGGCGAUCUGCGCGCGGGCAGGCGAGACAUCAGGGGUCCCCGUGCGCGUGCUACGGAUUGGACAGAUCGUGGCAGACACGGAACACGGGGUGUGGAACGCAACUGAGGGUGUCGUCAUGUGCAUGCAGACGGCUCUGACGGUGGGCGCUCUGCCCAAGCUGCAGGAGGAGCCAUCGUGGCUACCUGUUGAUGUCGUGGCGCAGGGCGUGUCGGAGAUUUCUCUAUCAGGAGCUGGUAGUCUCUUUGCGAACGUCGCGAAUCAUCGUUUGUUUAGCUGGACGAAUGAUCUGCUGCCGGCUCUUCGUGGUGCUGGGCUAAAGUUUGAGGAGGUUGAGCCCAAGGAGUGGAUUCGUAGGCUGAGGGAAUCGAAUCCGGACCCGGUUGCGAACCCUCCUAUUCGGCUUGUGGACUUUUUUGCCACCAAGUAUGACAAGGAGAGUUUUGCGCCGUCGAAACGAUAUGUUACCGAGAAUGCCAGGAGCCUCUCUCAGGCUCUGGCUGACCCUCCUCUUCUAGAUCAAGAAUUUGUCAACAAGUUCGUUGGUCAAUUCCUCUCGGGCCCUUGGAAGACAUAA